GUUGAUCUUGACCCAGCUACAUGGCAGACGUUAUGCGAUGAAUAUUGAUUUUAAUUUUUGCAAAAUUAAAUGUUAAGUGAAAGUGAAGAAAUCGAAAGUGGUUUUCCCGAUGUGUGACAUCCACUUUAAAUAAUUGUAAACAUUAACGUGAAGUGGUAUAUCUUAUCAUAUCCGCCAGUUGUGAAAUUUUUACAUUUUUCUUUAAUUAAGACCUAAUCUUCCAUACACAAUAGACUCCCUUCCUGACCACAGUUGCGGGAUACUCAAUUGGGAUUACGCGAAUUUUAGUCAAAUGGACUACGAUCAAGCUCUCUAUGCAAUUCAAGAGCUUCCGCAGCCUGAAACAAUAUCCUGUCGGUCGCGUCCUCAGAACUACUAUCACUACGAGCAGGAAGAGGGAGUCUCCAUUGUUCCAGAAUGGGAUCUCGUUUGUGAGAACAAUGUCUGGCGGACAACAGUCCAAGUGGGCUUGAGUAUAGGAAAGUUCCUGGGAGCUUCUCUUUUUGGCGUGAUCUCAGACAAAUUCGGCCGGAAGAGGGCUUUUGUUGGCGGAGCAAUACUCUACAUAGUUAGUGGUUUCCUCACUGUAUUCACAAAAUCUUAUGUGCUCUUCCUCCUGGGGAGGAUUGGAUUAGGCAGUUCAGCUUCCGGACUGUUCUAUGCUGCCUUCACUCUUUUGACUGAAAAUAUAGCUCUGAAACAUAGAUCAUGGAUGAGUAUCAUGUUCACCAUUUCCUAUCCAAUAGGAAUGUUAAUCCUGACACUUUUUGCCUAUUUAUUGCCCCUCUGGCGAUCUCUUCAGCUAGCUCUGGUAGUUCCAGGACUUCUACUUAUUGUCCAUUGCUAUUUUCUUGACGAAUCCCCUCGAUGGCUUGUCAGCAAGAAUCGCGAAAAGAAAGCCUACAAAAUAGUCUUUGGGAAGAAGCCCAAUGUCGAUUUAAUCUUCAAAGCAUCGAAGAAAAUGGAAGAUAUUCCAUCAGCUGCCGAGAGUGAAGCUCAAGCUUCGACUCUCGCUUCGAAGCUAAAGAAUUCUUUUAAGGAAUUCGCCGGUUUGUUCAGCACUUGGACACUUAGGAAGAGAAUUCUUAUUUGCUAUUUCGUAUGGUGUGUCACCUCAAUGUCAUACUACAUUACCGCGAUCAAUGCAGACAAUUUGUCUGCAAAUAGAUACAUAUACGUGGCUUGCACAGGCCUAGUGGACAUUCCUGCAUACAUCAUUCCCAUCUUCAUUCUCAAAUACACAGGAAGGAGGUUGUCCUCCUUUGGGCUGUAUCUUGCAGCAGGACUGAGUCUGCUAGCUGUUCUGGCGAUUCCAAGAGAGCAUACAAAUCUGAUCGUGGCAUUCGCAAUGUUUGGCCGUUUUGGCAUCAGUGCUGUGUAUGCUGUUCUUACCCUGCACACAGCUGAACUCUUCCCCACUGAGAUCCGGAACUCAGCGCUGGGUACGAGUUCAACAAUGGCUCAUGUAGGCUCCAUGGCGGCACCCUACAUUGUCGAUCUCUUGGGCAUGAUCGCCUGGUACAUCCCUACAACAAUCUGUGGGACGUCCAUCCUCAUAGCUGGCUUCCUGUCUCUCCUGCAGCCCGAGACUGCCAACAGAGAUCUCAGGGAUCAUGUCCAGCAGGAGGAUGAAGAGAAGAAAAUGAACUCGUAGUGAUUCAAAGACGUGUUUUUUUUAUAACUCAAGAUUGUAAAUGUAUAUUACAUUUCAUAUAUUCCCUUGGGCAA